UCACACAUUCCCCAGGCUAUUCAAUGGACGAAGCCUGCUCAUGGUUGGAUUACUUUAAACACGAAGGUAAUUGACUUCUUGAUUUCAACGGAUCCACUGGUUUUUGCUCUACCCUCAAAGCUGAACUCUGGGGCAUGCUUCUAGGCCUGAGACUUGCAUGGGAAAAUGGCUGCAGACACGUUUAUCUCCAGUUUGAUUGCCUUGAGGCAAUCCCUCUCGUAAAUGACGAUCACUAUGCAAAUUGCUCCUUGGUCCAAUCAAUCAACCAUAUUAGGGAGCGCCAAUGGACAAUAAGAGUCGAAUGGAUCCCUCGAGAAGCAAAUAGGAUCGUAGAUGCCCUUGCUCACUCCCAAAUUGAUAUUCUUGCUGAUCCAUGGAUUUUGAGCAAUAUUAUGCUCGGGAAUGGAGGGCCAUCCCCGAUGCUUCAAGAACCGAGAAUUUGAGUGGUAACUUUGACUGCAAUAUCUGCCUAGACUUCGCUCACGAACCAAUUGUCACACUCUGCGGUCACCUCUACUGCUGGCCCUGCAUCUAUAAGUGGCUUCAUGUCCAGAGUGCCUCCCUUGAUCAAGAUGAGAAUCCACAGUGUCCGGUUUGCAAAGCUGAUAUAUCCCACACCACCAUGGUUCCCCUUUACGGUCAUGGCCAAUCUGAAUCCGAGUUUCGAGGCAAGGCACUUUAUGGGGGUAUGGUGAUACCCCCUAGACCGCCGGCUUGCGGCACACAGCCUUUUCUAUCGCCUACAUCCCCAAAUGGUCAGCAGCUUCCUUAUCGCAACCCUUAUCAAAAUCAAAACUACAACCCCCAUGCUUACUAUGAAGAUGAUCCAUCAUCACCGUUGCUUAACGUCGGGGGCACAUUCCAUCAUCCCCUUGUUGGGAUGUUUGGAGACAUGGUAUAUGCAAGGGUUUUCGGAAACUCGGAAAGGAUAUACGCGUAUCCAAACUCACAUCUGGUAACGGCAAGUAGUAGCACCCCCAGGUUGAGAAGACAUGAGAUGCAGGCUGACAGGUCACUAAACAGAAUUUCAAUCUUCCUCUUCUGUUGUUUCCUUUUGUGCCUGAUUGUAUUUUGAGCUUCUUAUAUGCCACUUCUGUGUUUGUAUAAAUUGUAAAGAAUCAAGAUGUAAGCUUGUGGUAUAGCCGCUUAGGCAAAUGAGAUCAUACUGUAUGAUAUGAUAUAA